AUGAGGGACUAUCCAUCGGUGCCCAGUGUAUUCCGCGUGGCCUCCACGCACAGCAUCAACAGCGAGAGUCCCUACAACAAUCAGCAGCAACAGCAGCAGCAGCAGCAACAGGAGCACUCGCCCUAUGCCACAUUGCCACGUGGCCAGAGAUUUGCCAUGCCACAUCCGUAUCCUCAUGCACAGCGACAGCAGCAGCAGCAGCAGCAGCAGCAGCAGCUGAAUACGGGCGUGAUCAAUACCAUUUCGGGCAGCAUUCCCGCCACUGGCUUUGGCAGCGAUCUGCAGCUCAACAAUUUGGCAGGAAGUCGACGCCCGCAGCAGCACCCGCGACAGGCGAUGCCACCAGCUUUGGGCCACUACAAGCCAGCAUCGCCGCUGCCGCCACUGCUGCCCAUGGAACAGCGCCCGCGGCAUCAGCAGCAGACCCGUGGAGGCGUUGGAACAUCCGAUGGACAGCAGCAGCAGCAGGCACACGGAUUCAGCAGUCUGAGCAGCCUGGCCAACGGCAGUUACCUGUGGCUCCUUACACCUGUUGCCGCCAGCAUAUCCGUGGCCAUUGUGAUUGCCGCCCUGGCCGGACCCCAGUGGCUCUUCACCGAGGAGAAGCUGCCGAAUGUCAACUACAAUGGAACGGCCAAUUUUAAUGCGCUGGACGAUGGCGCCUACGUCACCAAAUACACAAAGUCCAGCCUCUGGAUACUGUGCACCACACUGCCAGGCCUUGAUGUGGACUCGUAUAAUUGCAUUAAAAUUGACUAUUUUCCCAAUGAGGGCUACCAGCCGGAUCCGCAUGACUCGACGCCAGCGAUACCCUAUACGGUGACCAAAUCGUGCCCCAUCUUUCUGGCCGCUGGCAUCUUUCUGGUCAUCAGCUUCAUUGUGUUCCUGAUACCGACCUGCUCGCACCAGAACAAUCUCUUCUACUUCAGUGCCGGAAUACUCUUCAUUGUGAGCGGUACGAGUGGGUGCCCACGCCUUGCCCGCUGCCUCGUGAUGCUCAUCGGACUGAUUGCGUACAUAUCCAUAUUGAAGGCGGAGAUUGGAUCGAAGCUGCGGCCACGCUCCACCCUGCAGCCGGCCCUCUUUAAGGUCACCUACGGCCAGAGCUUCUUUCUGUUCGUGUUCGGCUUCAUUGUCACCGAGUUCGUCGGCGUCCUCAACAUCUUCCUGUUCAUCAAUCUGCAGGAGAUCAGCUAUUAUGGUGUGGGUAUGCGCUCUGGGCGCUCCUGGCUCUGCCUUGAGCCUUCCUCUCAUUUUCCCUGUUCGUUGCAGCGCCUGCCCUGCUUCAGCGUGGCCAACAUUCAUGCCAAAAUCAAGGAGGGCACAGCAGCAGCAGCAAAGCAGCAGCAGCAGCAUGCCCUGAGUCACUCCUACAAGCGAUACAAGCAGCCCGGAGCCCAGCAGCAGCAGCAGCAGCAGCAGCAGACAGGCAGUCAGGAUACAUUGAACCAGAGCCAUCCUCCAGCCAACCAUCAACAGCAGCAGCAGCAGCAGCAGCAGCAGUCGCAUGAAUCGUAUCAGCCGCAAGUGCAAAGGACGCUCAGGGGCAUUACCGCUGGUGCUGGUGCUGGUGGCAGGCAGCAUCAGGUGCACGACGCGGCACGUAAUCCCGGCCAGACACAGACCCUGCCCGGCGGCUAUGCCUGCCGCAAGCAUCCGAAUGCCGCCUCCAAUCUCAAUCUCUAUCUGCACAACGACCUGGAUCACCAACGGCGCUUUUACUUUGAGAAGCCGGCGGUGUCCAAGUGCAAUCUGCAUUCGCGCAGCUUCGCCAAGUCCCUCAACGAGCUGUCCGGCCCGACGCCAGUGGCGCUGACGCUGCCCGCUCCCGCUCUGUUCGCCGAUCUGCCGCAGGAGUUUCCGCUCACCCGCUCCGUGUCCACCACCACGGACAUCUACAGCACGCCGCCGACAGCAGCCGCAGCCGCAGCCGCUGCCGCGCCCAACACUGGCCAGCUGAAGCGCAAGCAGCAACGCAACAUGGCCACCAAUACGCACCACAGCAGCCAGUCCCGUCCGCAGGAGGAGGAUCAGUCGCGUCUGUGCGGGCUGAAGCGCGGCCUGCGCAAGACCAAGGACGAGCUCUUCCAGGAGUUCUGUCGCAGGGCUGGCGUCCUGGGGCGCGCCAAGCCGAAGAACAUCUACUACAUCAGCGGCGGCGAGGAGGAGCAGGAGCAGCAGACCGACACGGAGACGGCUGUACGGCCUGUACGGCCUGUACGGGCGAUGCGGCAGGAUGACGACGAUGCGGAUGGCGAUGAUCACGGCUUCCGGCAGUUCCGUGCCGGCGGUGGCAUGGACGAGGACCAGCUUUACGUUGUCGGAGAUCACGCUCAGCUGGUGGGGCCACGACGCGCCUCGAUGUGCCCCCUGGCAGACGGCGCCUCGCUGGGCCAUCCGCUGCGCAAGCUCAACUCGAAUCUCUCGCUGCACAACGAGACGGCCUGGCCGGGCGCCGCCUUUGCCUCCGGACAGCUGAGACUGGCGCCCCCCGAGCAGGCCCAGAGCCGCACGCUGCCGCGCUGCUUCCUGCGACAGUCGGCGGCGACGGCGGCGGCGAGCGGCAUCAGCUUCAGCGCCAACGCCAGCGCCAGUCAGCAGCGAUUCAAUCACCUGUUGAUGCAGCACCAGCAGCAGCUGCAGCAGCAGAACCGCUACCUCUCCACCCUGACGCUGCCGCGGCCAGCGGAGGAGCAGCAGCAGCAGCAGCAGCAGUUGCCACCCAAGUCGGUGGUGCAAUGGCCAGCAGCCAUUCCAUCGUCGCCCUCGAAUUACGGCCACGGGGGAUACCAGCAGCAUCCGCAGCCGCUGUAUCCAGCGACGAGCUCGGGUCCGGGUGCUGCCGCCGCCACUUCUGGUGCCCAUCCACCGAAAUUCCAGCGUGGCUAUGCCUUCGACGAUGCCCAAAGGCGGGCCAGCUUCGCCGUCAGCGAUGCUGCCUUCGAUCUGGACGAGAUCGAGCGCGAGCGCCGACGCUCCCAUGCGAGUCUCUUUGGCCAGAAUCUCGAUCCCUACGAUCUGAUUCACGGCACGGCGGUGUAAACAGACAGACAGAGAAAGAGAGAGAGAGAGAGAGAGAGGAGAGAGCGUAACCAGAGCUUCUAUUCCCACUCCGCCCCAUCCACCUGCUAGUCCGUCUUCUAUCUACGUAAACUUUAAACUAAAUAAA